UGGUUGAGUGGUAAGAUUAUUCGAACCACUCAGCCCACCACCAAUCCCGCCCGGGGCCGGACGAAUGGGUGCUCAGGUGCUUUCGACUCAUGGGAGUAAUCGUACACAUGAGGAGGGAGCAUCUGGGGUGCUCACAGGGGCUUUCGACUCAUGGGAGUAAUCGUACACAUGAGAAGGGAGCACCUGUGAGGUCCCGGAUUAACCUGGCGACGGACCGGAUCCGUCGUUGGCUUAAUUCUUUUGCUUUUGCGCAGGAGUUCAAUUCUUUCCGCGCGAUGGCAGAUGCUGACUGUGUCCGUGGCCCAGAAGUUUGCUAAUCAUUUUCUCUACACCGGUUCCUUCAGCUUGUUGAGGCAUGUCCAGUUUUUGCCUCGUUCAAAUUGUUUUGGCGCCUGUCGGAUUCGAACCCACGACCAUCUUCGGCAUUUUCAUUUCAACGCCGGGCCGAUGAACCCGAUCACAAAAAUGCCGUGGCAAGCGUCUUCCGAAGUGGCCCUCAGCGUAGACGAAGUCGACGACGCGCCAGGUCUGACGGUAAAGAGUAUCAACUUCUUCGCAAACAAAUACGGUGCGCCUUACGAUGACGAGAGAUACUCUCCCUUGCUAUAUUCUUCUCGCAAAGGUUUGGCGAAAAAAGCUUUCUUCCAGACUUGUGGCUGGGAUCCGCGUCGCGACGAGGCGAUUCUGUAUCGACAACUUUUCCAGCACGAAGGUAUCGAAACUCGCGAGAAGAUUUAUCAAGGCUUGCCUCAUGGUUUUUGGACGACUUGUCCCGGUCUCCCGGAAUCGAAGGCUGCGAAACAGGACUCUGUGGAUGGUGUUAAAUGGAUGCUCGGAUGAAUCGCCAUACAUAAGAAGAACAGAGUUGAAAGCCAUGCACUGAGGAGACCAUAUGUGACUUUUACGAGCAACAGUGAGUGCGCUUUAGCCGUCUUUCCGAAUAUGGUAAUCGCAUUCCCGGACUUGUACUGUAGGGAAGCUACUGAAAUUGGUGCAAACGCAUACUUGAUGCAACUCCUCUUCAUGGACAUAUAGAACAGUAUCAGCAAAGUAUCUUG